AUGGUCUUUGCUGUUGAUGAGAUCAACAGAAACUCCAAUCUGCUACCUAAUGUGACUCUGGGAUACAGUCUUUAUGAUGACUGUGGUGAACUUGUAACUGGAUUUCGUGCUGCUUUGGUGCUGGCCAGUGGUCAAGAGGAGCAGUUUCUGCUGAAGGAGAACUGUUCAGGGACCCCUCCAGUUGUAGGGAUUGUGGGUGAUGCCUAUUCAACAAUUUCUAUAGCCAUCUCGAGUGUGCUGGGUUUAUUCAGAUUGCCCAUGGUGAGUCAUUUUGCCACAUGUUCCUGCCUGAGUGAUAGGCAACGGUUUCCAUCCUUCUUUAGAACAAUCCCAAGUGAUGCAUUCCAGGUGCGUGCCAUGAUUCAGAUUCUGAAACACUUUGGCUGGACUUGGGUCGGCCUUCUGGUCAGUGAUGAUGACUAUGGACUCAAUGUUGCCCGAUCCUUUCCGUCUGACCUGGCUCAGUCUGGUGCAGGUUGUCUGGCAUACUCAGAGGUUUUGCCCUGGGACAGUGACUCAAAUAAACUCAGGAAGAUUGUACAUUUGAUAAAGACAUCAACAGCUCGUGUGGUCAUGGUGUUUGCUCAUGACAGCCACAUGUAUGAAUUAAUGGAAGAGGUGCUGAAGCAGAAUGUGACAGACCGGCAAUGGAUAGCAAGUGAAGCCUGGACAACAGCUACUGCACUCCACACAGCCCAUCUCAUGCCCUAUUUGAGAGGCACUCUGGGCAUUGCCAUCCGUCGAGGAGAAAUAGCAGGACUAAGAGACUUCCUCUUACAAAUAUUGUCUUUCGAUGAGAAUGGUGAUGUGUUACCAAUACAUGAUGUCAUGAACUGGCUGUGGCUCCCUGAUGGACGAACAAGAAAGAAAGGGCAACCUGAGUGCUGCUUUGACUGCAUCCCUUGUUCUGAGGGAAAGAUCAGCAAUACGAAUGACUCCAUGGAAUGCACCAGUUGUCCAGAGGACUUCUGGUCCAGCCCCCAGCGUGACCACUGUGUUCCUAAGAAAACUGAGUUCCUCUCCUACCAUGAGCCUCUGGGUAUCUGCUUGACAACCACCUCAUUGUUCGGCACAUUUGUCUUUGUGAUUGUUCUGGUAAUCUUUACUUAUCAUCGCAGGACACCCAUGGUACGCGCCAACAAUUCAGAACUGAGUUUCCUGCUCUUGGUGUCCCUUAAACUGGGUUUCCUGUGUUCACUGCUGUUUAUCGGCCGUCCCAGAUUGUGGACAUGCCAACUGAGACAUGCAGCAUUUGGGAUCAGCUUUGUGCUUUGUGUCUCAUGUAUUCUGGUCAAAACAAUGGUGGUUCUGGCUGUGUUCAAGGCCUCCAAACCAGGAGGUGGAGCCAGUCUGAAGUGGUUUGGUGCUGUGCAGCAGAGAGGAACAGUUCUGGUUCUUACUUCUAUUCAGGCAGCAAUCUGCAUUGCUUGGCUUGUCUCUGCUUCACCGGCUCCCCAUAAAAACACUCAAUACCACAAUGACAAGAUAGUAUAUGAAUGUGUAGUUGGGUCCACAGUUGGUUUUGCAGUAUUACUUGGCUAUAUUGGCUUACUGGCUAUCCUCAGCUUCCUGUUAGCAUUUCUGGCAAGGAAUCUUCCAGACAACUUCAAUGAGACCAAACUCAUCACUUUCAGCAUGCUGAUCUUCUGUGCUGUGUGGGUGGCCUUUGUUCCUGCUUAUGUCAAUUCUCCAGGCAAAUAUGCAGAUGCGGUGGAGGUAUUUGCCAUCUUGGCCUCCAGUUUUGGUCUCUUGGUGGCUCUGUUUGGACCAAAAUGUUACAUAAUCCUGCUGAGACCAGAGAGGAACACAAAGAAAGCAAUCAUGGGUCGUGGAACUGCAAAGUCAUAA